UAAAAAGUCCUGAGGUACUUAUAUAAACUUCCUUGUUAAAAAUAAGGGAAACUUAAGGUACAAAAACGAUCCCAAAUCUCAACUACAUUAUUAAGCACAAAUGAAUACAGCCAAACUUAAAGUAGAACAGUAUAUACAUCUUCUUUUUCGAUUUCACAGUCACAGCAACGAAUACAUAAUAAACAAACCCAUUUGCAAGAUGCAUGACUGACAAACUACCAUACAUGAUACAUCUGACCUCACUUCCUCUAGUGAUUAUAUUAUAUCUAUUUUAGGCGCAAGUAUGGUGAGAAAAGCCAAAGUUUAAAGAGGAUUGAUUAUAGAUAGGGUUAGGUUUGUCAUGAAUAACAAACAAGUAAAGUUUUGCUAUUAAAAUUCGAGAGCUUAACAAAUUCUAAUAAUUCUUGAUUUCAAAAAACAAAAUCUAAUAAUAAUAUCCACAGUUGUAGGAGAUGGAACAUAACAAUACUUCCUUAAUUCCCAACAAGGAUACCUAUAAUUGGCUCGUUGAUUUCAUCAUUCCCAUUAGGUUUAGGAAAAGGAUAUGAAUGCAUAUGUAAAGGACCAAGUUUGUCACAAAAACAACCAGAUUAUUACUUGAUCAUUCGUUCAUAAUUAAUGUCAAGAAAUAUCAGCAGAAAGGUGGUUAUCAAUUUCAUAAACCACUUGUGUUGUUAGGAUUAGCAGCUCCGUUAUCAUGGCUAUACUUUGGCCAGCGCGCGAGUUCUUUGAGAAGAGCCAUUCAUCCGAACCCCCUCCGAGACCUGGGCCUACUGUCGUUGGCUGUAUGGCUCUUUAAGAAGAUGAUGUGCUGGUUUUAUCCGAGUCGCAAAACAAAGAUAACCAAUUUGAUUUCUCUGGCCAUGCUUCAAAUCCUCAUCAUGAUCAUCCUGGUCAUGGGUUACGCCAUGGUGGUCACCCAUAAGGGAGAAGGAAGGGUAGUUCCUGGAAGAGCCUACAAAGAGUAUGAUCGUGGGGAUUUUUCCAAGGAGUUUAUCAAAGCAUGUUCAUCAGGAGAAUCACAGACUGGUCUUAUGUACGAUGCGGUACCAGAUUCCAGAGUUUGCACUAGAUUUGGAGAGCAAUUCAAUCAUCUUAACGAGUUGGAGUUCUACAAUACCAAUUUUACUCCGUUACAGUCAGGUUGUUGUAAACCGCCCAGUUAUUGUCCUUACGAGUUCAAGAAUGCAACAAUUUGAAAAGAAAAAUACUCCAGAAGAUACUUUUUAAAAAAAGAUUGUAUAUAUUGGUUAAAUGAAGGUACAAACGAAGUAGUAGAUGGGUACUGUCUCUAUUGCAAUUCGUGCAUGGGUGCAAUUCUUUUCAACAUCAAAUCGGAAUGGAGACAUAUGGUCCUUACCAAUACACUUGUACAAAAUAAAGUUUAAAGGGGCUAA